AUGUAAGUAAAAUAAUAAAGUGAGAAAAAGAGGUGUCGGCCUUGAGAGAUUACCCAAGAAGUGUCAAACAAGACAGCCAAACUCACAUUUCUUCUUUACCUAAAAACCCCCCUUUUAUUUGCCCUAUAUAUAAAUACACACGCACACCAUCACAUUCACCUGUAUAUAUAUAUAUAUAUAUAUAUAUCAUGUGCGUGUGUGUAGAAUUUUGAUUUUGACAAUGGAGCAAGGAAGAAUGUUAUUUGAUGCAUCAGCUUACAUGUUGUUCGAGGCCACCGGCGAUUCCGAAGAGCAGGAUUCCGGCGCCGCGGCGGAGGCGGAGGCGGAGGCGAAGGAAGAUGCGCAGUCGUGCAGCUACAGCUCCUCCGCGCGGCUGUAUGAGGCGGUUUACGGCGGUGAGGAUACUCGCGCAGCGCAAUUUGAUAAUUACUUCGACGACGACGACGACCGCGGAGGAAGCGACGAAGAGGACGGCGUCGUCGAUCAAUACCGCCGUCGGAGCCGGAGCGCGGCGGUGGAGCCGGCGAAGGGCUGUGAAGAAUCGAUGAGGAAUGAGAGAGAGGGGGAUAGGCUCUUCUGGGAGGCGUGUUUGGCGUCUUAGAAAAUCCUUAGGGGGGAAAGGAAAAUAAAUUGUUUGUUUUCCACUUAAUUCUUCCAAUUUAUUUUUUAAGCAACUAAUUAGUGAAGGAUGCACGAGAAAUUUCUUUGCAAAAAAUUGGCAAAGAAUCAUUAAUCUCCAAAAUUUGAUGAACAUAUUUUUCUUUAUCAGAUGUACUGUAUAAUAUUCACACAACUGUACAUAAAAUUUCUUCGUCUUGCUAGAUUUAGCAUUAGCUUA